CCGCCCCGCCCAGCCCCGGGAGAGGCGCGGUGCUGAACGACGGCCAGGCCCCGCAGCCGGUACCGGCCUGGGCCGCCCGGCGAGCUCCCGCCUCGCCCCUGGCGCCACCCCGGGCCGGGCCCGUAGACGCCGGCGGGCGGCUCUCGGGCAGCUAUACCGACGCCCUGCCGGGCGCCGCUCCUUGCUCCGCCCCGCAGCGCGACGGUCCUUCCGGUGCAGGCGGCAAACAUGGGGACACCACAAAAGGACGUUGUAAUAAAACCCGAUGCCCCAAGCACAUUACUUUCAGAGAAACAUGCGGACUAUAUAGCUUCAUACGGGACAAAGAAAGAUGAUUAUGAAUACUGUAUGUCGGAGUAUUUGAGGAUGAGUGGUGUUUACUGGGGGCUGACAGCAAUGGAUCUCAUGGGGCAGCUGCACCGAAUGAACAAAGAAGAAAUUCUGGCAUUCAUCAAAUCAUGUCAACAUGAAUGUGGUGGAAUAAGUGCCAGCAUAGGUCAUGAUCCUCAUCUUCUGUAUACCCUCAGUGCUGUCCAGAUUCUUAUCUUAUAUGAUAGUCUCCAUGUUGUUGAUAUAAAUAAAAUAGUUGAAUAUAUACAGAACUUGCAAAAAGAAGAUGGAUCGUUUGCUGGAGACAAAUGGGGAGAAAUAGAUACAAGGUUUUCCUUCUGUGCUGCAGCAACUCUUGCACUUCUGGGAAAGCUGGAUGCUAUUGAUGUGGGGAAAGCAGUAGAAUUCGUUUUGUCCUGUAUGAACUUUGAUGGAGGAUUUGGUUGUAGACCAGGUUCUGAAUCACAUGCAGGACAGAUCUAUUGUUGCACAGGAUUUCUGGCUAUAACAGACCAGUUGCAUCAAAUAAAUGUUGACUUGCUGGGCUGGUGGCUUUGUGAACGUCAGUUACCUUCUGGAGGUCUCAACGGACGACCAGAGAAGUUACCUGAUGUAUGUUAUUCAUGGUGGGUGCUCGCAUCUUUGAAGAUGAUUGGUAGGUUACACUGGAUUGACAGAGAGAAACUGCGCUGCUUUAUAUUGGCUUGCCAGGAUGAGGAGACUGGAGGAUUUGCUGACAGACCAGGAGAUAUGGUGGAUCCAUUUCACACCUUAUUUGGAAUUGCUGGACUGUCUUUAUUAGGAGAAGAACAAAUUAAGGCUGUCAGUCCUGUCUUUUGUAUGCCAGAAGAAGUCCUUAGAAGAAUAAAUGUACAGCCUGAGCUUGUGAGCUAAGCUUCAUAGAGACAAUAGGUUGAUAUGCCCAGUUGCUUUGGUUUUAAUGAUUUAAGUAAUCUCAUCUCUGAAACUGUUAGCAUAUUGUUCUUUGAGAUGUGUUUACACUACAAAAGUAAAGCAAUAGCUUUAUUGUGGGCAUUGUCACUUUGUAAACUGUAUCAGAACAGUCUGGCUCUAAUAAUCUGAGUGUAACAUGUUCUUUGCUUGUAUAUAAGAGAUGUAGAAACAUUUCUGUAUCUAAAUAUAUGGGCCUUUGCAUUUUUUUUUUAAUAUUCAAGUCAAAGCAACAGUGUGAAUGCUUAAUUUUUGUAUUCUUGUGAUAUCAACCAUGUUAGCAUCUGUCUUUACACAAGCAUGUUUUGAUCUUGGAUUACACAAAGCACUUUAAAAGAAUAUGAAAAAGAACCCCAAAGCCCUCCUUAAGCCAUGCAUUUAAUGCCACACACUUGUGUAUUUAAUUCUUCCUGUUCACGUUUGCCAUCACUUUUAUAUACUGAGAAAAAAAGCUUUUUCUUAUGAUAGUAAUUGAUACCAGUGAAAACAAAAAUUAGCGUUUCAUAAAGUAUAUAAAUGUCUUCAUUUAUUGAUGAGUCCCUUAGACAAAAUUUCACUGAUACUCGAGAUGGAGCAUACCUUGCUAACGCUAAGAAUUCUAGAGAAGGUCUCUAUAGGACAGUGACUUGUAACAAUAUAGAGGUGAUCCUAAAUUUGUGGCUGGUUGAAAUCCUGCUUUGGUAGCUUUUAAAACAAUAAUUGCCAACACUUGAUUAUGGUGUAAUUGAGAAUAAAACUAGUCAUGGAAAAUA